GCGGGGCACGCCGGGAGCUGUAGUGCAGGCGGGGCGGCAGCGCGGCCGCCAUGGCGCUGGCCCCGGCGCUGGUAUUGCUGCUGGCGGCCGCCCGCCCCGCCGCCGCCGCCUGGGAUCUACGGGCGCUGCGCUGCGGCUUCUCGGCGGACUGCGAGUGCGGCUUCGAGCCCGACCCGCGCGGUUUGGAGUGUGACCUGGCCACGAACCUGGUGGGGCAGCCCCUGGUGAGGCAGCAGGUGAUGAAUGGAGUCAAAGAGUUCCUGGAGAACCGGAAUCCUGUGAAACCUCUUGUGAUGUCCUUCCACGGCUCAACAGGAACAGGCAAAACCUACGUGAGCUCCAUGCUCGUCCGCUACCUCUUCCAGGGUGGGCUCCAGAGCCCCUACGUUCACCAGUUCUCUCCGAUAGUGCACUUCCCCCAUGCCGAGCAGAUGGAGCAGUACAAGGAAAACCUGAAGCGCUGGAUCCAAGGGAACUUGACAAACUGUGGGCGUUCGGCCUUUCUCUUUGACGAGAUAGAGAAGAUGCAUCCGGGCCUGAUCGACGUGAUCAUCCCCUUCCUGGGACCCUCGUGGGUUGUGUACGGGUCCAACUACCGCAAAGCGAUCUUCAUCUUCAUCAGCAACACAGGAGGGGAGCAAAUCAACGAAAUGAUGCUGGAUCUCUGGCGUGCCCACAAGGACCGGGAGGAGAUCAGUCUGCAGGACCUGGAGCCAGCCAUCUCCAAAGCCGCGUUCGAAAACCCUCAGAGUGGAUUCUGGAAAUCUGGGAUCAUUAAUGAACACCUAAUUGAUUUCGUUGUGCCCUUCCUCCCACUGAAGCGCCACCACGUAAAGCAAUGCGUCAUCAGUGAACUUGUCCAGCAAGGCUUCGGAAUACGUCCAGAUGUUGUCCAGAAAGUGGCUGACAGCAUCCCUUACUUCCCAGAAGAGGAGGAAAUAUUCUCAUCAACAGGCUGCAAAACAGUGGCCUCUCGGAUCAGUCUUUUCCUCUAGCCACUGGCAAGAGCCUUGCUCAGAUGCAAAGGAGAUUUAUUCGGAGCUGGAAAGCGGCAGAGCCUAGGGCUGGCAGGAUGAGCAGUGGGAGCUGCAUGUUCCCUCCUGGCAACACAAGCGCUCUCCUGCUGAAUUCAUCUCUCCAGCCCCAAGGAGGCUGCUGUGAGAUGUGGCUGCGGGACCAAGUGCAAGUGAUGUGAUUGAAAGCACUUUACUGAUUUCCCUUUGGCCGGGUGAGGGUGGGUUCGGCCAGCCCAGCGCACCACCCCGGCCACCUGUGACAACAAGGGGACAAUGCCAAGAGGGGCUGCAGCAUCAGGGAGGCUCUCACCCUGUCAGUAGUGCCCAGCUGCAGCUCUUCCUCUCUGCUGGACUGAUAUCCAACACAUGGAGAAUUUGAGCCUAAAGAAGAACAUUUUUGUUUUCUACA